UCUCGGAACUGAUUCGAGAUGAAGAAUGUCUGCGAUCUCGCGUCGCGAAUGGGAUCAUUGCUGUUCGAUGAGAAAUUCUCAGAUAUAACAUUCAUGGUCGAGUGCGAAAUUAUCCCGGCACAUAAGAAUAUUUUAUAUACCUGCGGUGAUUACUUCAGAUCGCUAAUUAGCAAUGACUCGGAGGAACUUUCUGAAAAUGAGCUGAUGUUCAUCGACGCCCCCCUUGAGGCGUUCAAGCUUCUGAUGAAAUACAUCUACACCAGUCAGCUCAACGUCGCAUCAAUGGACCUGGAUCUGAUCUUGGAAGUCCUGGAACUUGCACAUCGAUACGGACUUGAAAAGUUGAAGAUGGCGCUUUGCUCUCAUCUGCAGACGGUUCUCACGGUCGAGAAAGUCUGCACGGUCUUCGAAAUGGCUCAUGGUCUACAACUCGAGCAGAUCAGCGAGGCUUGUUGUCACUUCAUGGAUCAGGUACCGGAAGCGAUACUAAGUAGCGAAGCGCUUCACGACCUAUCCUCUGGAGCACUCUCUGCAAUUUUAUCCCGGGAUACAUUCUGCGCUGAUGAAGUGGACAUUUUCAAAGCUGUCGAGAAGUGGUGCGCGAGGAACUCGUUACAGAAGAACGCCUCAGAAGUUCUGGAGAAAGUUCGACUCGCUCUGAUGCCGGUUCUCGAACUCGCGAGUACAGUCAGGAACACUGGUUUGAUUGCAACAGACCGUCUCUUGGACGCCAUCCAGCGGAGAGAGAGCCAGGCAACAGAUCUUCCUUUCAGAGGGGUCCGUCUGUAUGACGAAAAUGUUGCGACCUCCGCUCGGGGAGCCUCGAUCCUCACCGCCACCGUCGGCAGGAAUUUCUCCUCGUCGAGCAAUCAUCCACCGUACAGAGAAGAAAUGAUGCCUCCGAACGAGUCCAAUUUGACCGUGGACGCGGAUACGGGCUUAACCAUCGCUCUCAGCAAGCCUUUCCUAAUAAACCGUCUGGCAUUCCGAGUGAGCGAGAAACAAGCCGACGAGAGGAGUAUCUUCUUCUCGGCCACGGCUUGCGCCUCGUACUACAUCGAGGUCUCGGUGAACCUCGUUGACUGGGUCCGAGUCAUCGAUCAUUCCGAGCACGUCUGUCGCGCAAACCAAACACUUCCGUUCGGAGCUCGAGUCGUUCGCUAUAUCCGGAUAAUGCCCUCGGAAAAAGCAAGCGGAGGGAAGAAACUUGAAGGGAAUUUCGCGGUCUCGAUGCUCAGAGCGUGUCUCGAUAAAGCGGAGCUGGCUCUUCAUGAAGGAUUCUACGCCCCUGAGAUGAAUGUCGCUAGUGUGUUCGUCGGGGCCUUGUCCAUAGAAUGCGACGGCACUCAUGAUGGGAAGAUCGACGGAGAGUCCUCGAGUCCCCUCUCGGCUUCACGGACGACCAAGCAUCUCAUAGGGAGCGGUUCGACUACGAUUCAACUAUAGCAACCCUACGCAAUCAACUACAUCCAGAUGCUUCUGCCCGAUCUUAGUUCGGGUGAAUUUUCUUACUAUAUUGAGACGUCUCUCGACCGACAGUGUUGGACUCGUGUUGUGGACCGAACCGAAGAGCGUUGCUCUUCUCAGCAGGAUUUGGAAUUUAAAAUACUACCGGUGGUCUUCAUCAGGAUAGUCGGCACAGCAUCGACAGGAGACGAGUAUUUCUCCUGCAGUCGCUUCGAAUGCCUCGCGAGAGCCAAGCGACCCCCAACGGAAGAAGACUUCUCCUUGUGUAUCUGAAGGAACAUCUCCCGAUUUAUUCCGGAAAUUCUGAGAAUUAUCAGCUUUU